UCAGCAACUCCCGUUUUUUGCUUCCGUUCUUCACUUGCUAUACCGAGACAUCUUUCUAUCCACCAUACUAUCAUGGCUGCUGACGGAUCGGUGGAAGCGUGGAUUCUACUAUCCAUCGCCUUGGCCGUCAUAAUCAUCCGGAUCGGUGUGCGCUGGUCUCUUGUCGGCCCAUCCAACUUUCAGCUCGAUGACUACUUGAUGCCUUUGGCGGGGGUCGUCUUCACCCUCGAAACCGUCGCCGCAUAUCUCGUCAAGGCCAAAUUCAACGGUCUCACGAAUAGUUACAUGACCGACGAGCAACGCGCCACCCUCGACCCCAACUCGAAGGAAUGGGCCGAUAGAGUCGCCGGUUCCAAGAUCCAGGUUAUUGGGUGGUCGCUGUAUGCGAUGAUUCUGUGGCUGGUCAAGGCCUCGCUGGCGGUCUUUUACUCGCGGUUGACGACGGGGUUGCAGAACCUGCCUCUGCGUGUGAGAAUUGGAUAUAUCAUUCUGGCGGUGACUUAUCUUGUCACCGGGUUGAGUAUUGUUCUGGGAUGCCAGCCGAUCCACAAGUACUGGCAGAUCAACCCGGACCCAGGCAAUAUCUGCCAACCCACCAGAUCGCUGCUCUAUGUUUUGAUUGUCGUCAUUCCCAAUGUCCUCACGGAUAUCUACCUUCUCUCCAUUCCUCUUCCGCUCCUCUGGACCGUCAACAUCGGUCUCCGAAGAAAGAUCCCCCUCAUGGCCCUCUUCAGCGGUGCUGCUUUCGUCAUCACAGCAGCCAUCAUCCGUGCCGUCACCAUUGCCACUUCCGGUCCCGACGGCGCCGUCGCAGGAAGCAAAUGGGCCUGCCGCGAAACCUUUGUCGCAAUCGUCGUCUCCAACCUCCCCAUCAUCCAACCGCUCCUCCGCCGCUGCGCCAGCAAAAUCGGUCUCAGCGUCCUCUUCAGCACCAGCGGCAAACAAUCCCAAAGCUACCAUCUCUCCUCCCACGGCCUCGGAACCCUCACCAACCGCGACAAGACCACAAAGUCCAAAGCCCCGGCUACGUAUAACCCCGGUGCGUCCGCCUGGGGAAGCGACGAACACAUCCUCGGCGCGGGCGAAAACGGCCAGCCCAACAAGGAUAUCACGGUUGUUUCGGAGACGGUGGUGCAAAGCGAGCCGUGGCCUGCUGAGGAGGCGACGACUAACUCUUCGUCUCCCCCGCGCGAGUGGGAAUCGCGUAUGUCUCAUCGGUGAUUGAGAGGCUACGCUCUACAACUGAUGUAUAUAUAUCUUGUUUCUUUUGUUCUGUUUCUUUCUUAUACCCAUGAUUUUCUAUGUGGCUGGAAGACCUGAUUUAUGUUUUAUCAGGCUUUGAGAUUUAGGGAUGGGCGUAUGCGGUAUCUAGGUACAUGUUGGACUUGGGGGUUAUUUUGGUUAUGUAUAUUGAUUGUAAAUUUUUAAUAUGAUGAUGAG